UUCAAAAUUGAUGAGUAAACCAAAAGUAAUAAUAAACAGAAACAUGUUAACGAUAUACGGCAAUAACAUAAUAAAACAAUACUGAAAACAGAAUCAAAGGAUAAAAUGACAAAGUGAUGUAAGAUUGAUGAUCCGUGAUUAAUUAAAUUAAAGAGUCUGUAUUAAAUGAUCCUUAAAGUCUUUCACUUAACGGCUAUCAUACAUUGCAAGUCCAAAGUUCAUUGGAGUGGAGGUUUUCACAAGUCUUGUUGUCAAUAAGGCAUAAAACUUCUAAAAAUAAACAAUAAAUUUAAUUACUGAAAGUCUGCAAUGAUUAAAAGAGUUUAACUUCACAAGAGUUAUCAGAAAUUGCGAGAUGGAAGAUAAUUAGACAAUUUGUGGAGACAAAUUAAUUUUCUGCUCAACGUCGAGCUUAUCUGUAUCAUACUGGACAAUAGAAUACAAAGCAUCAUGCCUUUGAACAAUCUUUAUUUUCUAAAUCUCGUAAAGUAAAAAAUUACUUGAAAAUUGCACAAACUCAAUUUUCACUCUUUUAAAGUGACGUUUUAUUCUACAAGAUUUAAAAAGUACAUUAUAAUAUUCGACUUAUACUUCGAUUUUCAUUUUUGCAAAGGGAAGAGGGGGAAUUUCUUCGAAGAUAAAGAUUUGUUAUUCGCGUCGAAGAGAAAAAAAAUGUAAUCCAUUAACGACGAUAUCGUUCCGUUAUCAUUCACGGCUGAAUGUCGAAUUCAUCAUUACGCUGACAUAAGAUAUUGACAUGAUAUUCUAUACGCCACGUCAUGUUAUUAAUUGUCGUAUGUUUAUCGCUUUUUCGUCCGGUAUGCGGCUUAGCGUAGGACGGCAUUAACGACGUGGACGAGCAGCGAUCAUGGACAGCAAGAUCUUGCCGUUCUUCGUAUCCGGGAUCAUCAUCAAGGGUUUCGGCAGGGGUUCGCGGGCGCUCGGCAUUCCGACAGCUAAUCUCUCAGAACCUGUAGUCAGUGCUUUGCCAAAGGAUCUAAACACUGGAAUUUAUUAUGGCUGGGCAUCUUUGCACGGGACAGUUUACAAAAUGGUCGCAAGCAUAGGAUGGAAUCCAUAUUAUAAAAAUGAAAAAAAGUCAAUGGAAGUUCACCUGCUACAUAAAUUCCAAGAUGAUUUCUACGGUGAGGAACUCAAGGUUAUUAUUAGUGGAUAUAUAAGACCAGAAAGAGAUUUUUCUUCUCUAGACGAGCUUGUCACAGAAAUAAAGAAUGACAUUGCAAUUGCGGAACGUCAAUUAGAAGAACCUGUAGUAAAUAAAUUGAAAAAUGACGACUUUUUAAUUAAUAAAACAAGUCACUAAUAAGAUAAAAAUGUAAAGAAAAUAUUUUUGUUACUUUUAGUUGUAUAUUUAUUAAAAUAUCUACAUACGUGUAUAUACAUAACAUGUGUAGCGAUUAUGGCGUAGAAUUGUGCGUCUGCUGUCUGCGCCGAAAACUCAGGUUCAAUUUCGACUGAUCAGAAGCAUCUGAUUUUAUUCGAUCGCUAUCUCUCAGAAAGUAAUGACAACCACCGAGAAUAUUUUGCCACGAGAACUUUUCUUAGGAACUAGCGUUUAAACAGUAAAUUAUCUGUGUAAAUUGUAAAAAACGUAUCUUAGAGGGGGUCACCAUAUAUCUCUAAUAAAAGAUUAAAAGACUGA